AUGUCACGAGUACUGGCUGACUUUAAGGUGAAAAUAAAGAUUCCAGAAGUAGUCAACAGUUUAAUACCGGGCUGCCCGUUGAUAACACCAGAUGAAAUCCAAAUCAGGCAGGAGCGAAACCCGCUAACAAAGCCUAGCGCACGUCCUCCACCACCAUGUGCGCCAAGCGGCACUCCAAUAUCCGACUUCACAUGCUCGCACAUGCUUCACAUUCCCACUUUCACAAGCAAAUUUCUUCUCACUCCACAAUCACAUGCCAAGAUGGCCUCAUCAUCACAAGACAGCGCGCUACCAUCACAGCUCAGCAACCAAGCACGCAUGUACUAUGCGUUGGACAUCACCAUGAUGCUCGCCCACCGCGAAUCGACCGACGAAGCCGAAGCCAAAGCCGUCUCGACCGCCCGCAUCCUCGCCGCCGACGCCGACGACCCCCUCUGGAUCCGGGCGCGGGCGUGCAUGGUGCUGGGAUGUUCCGAGAAGGAGAAUUUCUUGGUGUGGGCGGAGGAGGGCGUGAGGGUUGGGGAGUUGAUUUGGGAAGUUGUGGGGGAGAGGGUGACGGAUGUUGAGACGACGUUGGCGAGGAAUUGUCGGGAGGUGUUGGAGGGGGCGAGGGAGGCGAUAAGGGAGAGGGAGAUGGAGAGGGAGAGGGAGAGGGAGAGGGAGAGGGAGAGGGAGAGGGAAGGGGAGGGCGAGGGCGAGGAGAAGCAGGGUGAAGCCGAGGAGAGCAAGGGUGAGGAGAGCAAGGAUAAGGAGAAGGAGCGUAAGGAGCACGAGGGCGAGGAUGAUGAGAAGUAG